CAGCAGCUGUUACGCGAAUAGGAGAGAGAAUAGUCGAAACCGAAAGCAGAAAGUCGAAAUGUUGCGUACAAUAUCACGCGUUAGCGAAUUGCCAAUUGUUGUAAGACAAUUGCAAAAAAAUGCAGCACAGGCUGGUGUCGCUAAGACGAACAACUAUGCCACUGAGGCGACCGUGCAGGUCAAUCGACCCUUUAAACUGCAUCGUCUGGACGAGGGACCGGAGGCCACAGUGAAGCUAACCAAGGAAGAUGCGCUCAAAUACUACACACAAAUGCAGACGAUACGUCGUAUUGAGACAUCUGCUGGCAAUCUCUACAAGGAGAAGAUCAUUCGUGGCUUCUGUCAUCUGUACUCGGGACAGGAGGCAUGCGCCGUUGGCAUGAAGGCGGCGAUGCGCGAUGUUGAUAAUAUUAUAUCGGCAUAUCGUGUUCAUGGCUGGACCUAUCUGAUGGGUGUCUCUCCACUGGGCGUGCUGGCCGAGUUGACCGGCCUACAGAGCGGAUGUGCACGUGGCAAGGGCGGCUCCAUGCACAUGUAUGCGCCAAAUUUCUUUGGCGGCAAUGGCAUUGUUGGUGCCCAAGUUCCACUUGGUACUGGUGUUGGCCUGGCCUGCAAAUACAAGGGCAAUGGUGGCAUGUGCCUGGCGCUUUACGGCGACGGUGCUGCCAAUCAGGGCCAGGUGUUUGAGGCCUACAACAUGGCCUAUCUGUGGAAGCUGCCCGUCAUCUUUGUCUGCGAGAAUAACAAUUAUGGCAUGGGUACCAGUUCGGAGCGUGCCUCGUGCAACACGGACUACUACACACGUGGCGAUGCUCUGCCCGGCAUUUGGGUCGAUGGCAUGGACGUGUUGGCCGUGCGCAGUGCAACGGAGUUUGCCAUUAAAUAUGUGAACACACAUGGACCGCUGGUGAUGGAGACGAAUACGUACAGAUAUUCGGGUCAUUCCAUGUCCGAUCCGGGCACCUCGUACCGUACGCGUGAGGAAAUUCAGGAAGUGCGUCAAAAACGUGAUCCCAUCACAUCCUUCAAAGAGUUGUGCAUUGAGCUGGGACUCUUCACCACCGAUGAAGUUAAGGCUAUCGACAUGAAGGUGCGCAAGGAAGUCGAUGAGGCCACCGCAUUAGCCAAGGCCGAUACUGAGCUGCCUGUUAGUCACUUGUGGACCGAUGUCUCAUCCAAUAAUUUGGAGCGCAAAAUUCGCGGCACAAUUGCCUAUGAUAUUGAUCAUGUCCAGGAGCGAAAGGGUGUCAACCAUUAAAGAAUCAACUAUACAACGAAUCGACUAAAUGGCAUACACACACACACACAGACAAUUACACACAAACACAUACAUAAAAAAGCGAAAUCUCUAGACCUUAAGCCCAAAGUGAAUGUUAGAAUAUUUUUGUUCGUUAUUAGAAAAAAAAAUUACGUACUGCGUUUCUACAAAAUUUUAUAACAUUCGAUAUAUUGUGGAUUACUGUUAACGUGCUAAGCUUCGCUUUAAGCGUGAUUAGGAAAAUAUCGUAAACUUGAAUACCGUUUUGAUUACCAUUCUGUAAACGCAGUUAUGUUUGCAUAUGCACCUAAACAGAGUCACACCCACAUAUACACACACAGAGGCACACGCAAAAAGACACUACACGUAGCUAACCACGAAUUAUGCAUACUCUUCCUCCCAAAAAUAUAAAACACAAAACACUCAACAUGGGCCAGUGGCAACAGCAACGGAUAUUAUAUGAACGUGUUCAAUAUGGUUUAAAGUGAGGUGUAAAUUGUUGAAAUAUAAAACUACAUACAUACAUAA